UACUUACCAUCUCUCAAUUUUAAUUUCACCAAAUUGUUCUCAUGAAUAAAUUGUACCCCACUUUUUCCACGACACAGAUCAAAAUUUCCAAUUUUAGUCUUCUUUUUUCAGGAAAUUUUCAAGAACUUUUUAAUUUUUCACUUCAACCGGUCAUGUUCAUGUGAAUGCGAAUCUCCAUUUCGUGAAAAAAGUCUCCUCUCGCCCUGAACGUGCAGAGGCAAAAAGUUGACCGGGCUGCGUUUUUUUCACCCACUUGCUGCUGCUGCCGGAGACUAAUUAACCGACAAUAAUUUUAAUUUUUUAAUUUUCUAUUUUUAAGUAAUUAAGUAAUUGACUAAUUAACUAACUAACUAUUUUGUGCGUGGGUGUGGUGGUCGCUUUACGAAAAUGAUGAAUAACACCUCCCUCACCGCGAUUCGAGAGGAGAGCAGCGGCCUCAGCAGUAAUGACGAGUAUGAAGAUGUUACGGACGACGAAAGUGAAGGUGACGAUGGGAGGAUUGAACUACAGUCGAAAUUGCAAUUAACGGGAAAUCAGGCGAGGAUGGAGGGACUUAAGGAGCUUCGCGAGUUGUACCAACGAGUCUCCACCCGUCUCACGACGAAGGACGAUACUCGCUUAAAAAAGGCAGAGACCAAGAUUGCAAGUUUCUUGGAUGAGGAUGACGUCAAGGAGAAGAAGGAAUUACAAGUUUUCGAAAAACUAGAACAACUCACGGGCAGGCCGAGUUUCGGGUCGAGCUUAUCUCUCGUAGAACAAUUUAAGUCGAUGGGACUGAUGGAGGUGGACGGUAUGUCGAAAUCCGAAGAUGGGAUUUUGCAACAAGAUGAAGUCGAGUUACGGGCGACCACGACUGAAUCGUCGUCGUCUUCGGAUGACGAAGUUUCAGACGAGGAGGAAGAAGAGGGCAAAAGAUCGAUCACUCGACGACGAUCUUUUGCAAAUUUAAGUAAAGAAGAUCUAUUAGAUGACACAAUUGAUGGCGACCUUUCAACCUUUUCCGAUGAUGUCCGUGCCUUUGAAAAGUAUCGGACCGAAGAAGAAAUUAAAUUAGCCCGGAAGCGAGCUCAAAUUCAAGAAGAGAAGAAGAAAAUUGAUAAAUUAAGGAAAGAACUGGAAAUGGGUGGAUCAUCCCAGAGCAAAAAUGAACCCGUGGACGAAAUUGACGGCGGGAAUUCAACCUCUUCCGAUGCUGUCCGUGCCUUUGAAAAGUAUCGAUCUGAAGAGGAAGCCAAACUGAGCAGACAGCGAGCUCAGAUCCAAGAAGAUAAGCGAAAAAUUGACAAAUUAAAAAAAGACAUGGAAAUCGUCCGAACCACGAAUGCUCAAUAUGCCUCACAUAUCAGUCAACUUGAAGAUAAGCUUAAAACUACGCAUUUGGAAUGCUCGAAAAAACUUUCCAGUAAGAAUCUCGCCCUAACAAAGAUGAGGAAACAGAAUGAAGAACAUUUAAAGGAGAAUGCAGAAUUGAAAGAAAAGUUGGCAAAGUUUACAAAUAGUACAAAAAAAGCAACGUCGCUGAACCCACUCCGCCCCACAGCUCAACCGCAGGCAACAGGUCAACGAUCAAUUUUAAAGAAAACGAUUCAUUUCGAAAAUGAGGAGCCGAACAAUGAAAACAAUAACAAUAAGCAGGAACGAAAUUCGUCUCCCUUUUUUGGACUUAAAACUACUCCAAAUGCAGUACCUUCCUUGAAACAGCGAUCUCCAUCCAUCCGAAAAUCUGUGAAAGAGUAUGACCAAGAAUAUGAUGGCUACUGCGACACCAAAGAGAAUCAAGAUCCUGCUGAUGAUGGACCCAUGUAUAAUGAUAACAACAACAAUGCCAAAACAGCUCCUGCCAUUAAUAUGAAAACUAUGCAAAGUAUGCUUAACAAUUGCAAGCUUGAUGACACGGUUGAAACCGCGUUUCCAAACGGCACCCGAAAAUAUGUAUCAAAAACUAAGCAAUAUACCAAAACUUUGUACAAAAAUGGAGACAUUAAGGAGAAACGGUCUGAUGGAUCGGUGCACUAUUUCUUCUCCACAUAUGGACUGCGACAUUACGUUUAUCCUAAUGGAUUAGAGAUGACGACGUAUAAGAAUGGGCAAGUCCAACGAAAGAAUCCGGACGGAACAUCAGAAAUUCUGUAUCAAAAUGGCUGCGUAAAGUUAAUCCGAUCCGAUGGAUCCGAAGAGUUCAUCUUUCCAGAUAACACUGUAUACCAAACGGACGAGGCUGGAAAUACCAUCAUUCUCUUACCCAAUGGUCAGAAAGAGAUACAGAACGAAUCCUGGAAAAAACGUGUACUUCCCGAUGGAACAACUAGAACUGUGUAUGCGGAUGGCUCAAUCGAAACGACAUAUGCAAGUGGAAGAGUUCGUGUAAAAAAUGCAGAUGGAAAGUUAAUUAUGGAUGAACAAAAACAAAAACCAGCUAUACUUGGAGAUAGUAAAAAUACUAAUUGGGAUGAAAACACCCCUGUUCCUGCUACUAUGUAAAAUUUAUACUCCUCGGAAUAACUCGAGACUAUCAUAUCAUAAAAUCCAGAAUUAUUCAGUUGACAAAAUAUUAUGACUUGUGUGUGGGCACGUGUUUUUUUUACUCAGGUUUUAUAGAAAGGGAAUCAUUAUCAUAUUAUUCUUGUGUUCAUUUUAUCCAUUAUUUUAUUAUUAUAAAAAAACCA